AUGAACAGAGAACCAGGCCAAGGAAAGGACCCAGUUAAAGUUGGAAGUUUUCAUUCAUACACAAAGGUUUCGAAGGCAAAUGAAUUUGACUACAUCAUUCUCUAUGAUACUGAUAUGGUGCAGAGUUGGAGACACGUGAAUCAACCUGCCUUUUAUACUAUGGACAUUGAUAAGAAAAAGAUUGUCAGUUCAAAAGAUCAAUUAGAAAUACCGCCGUUGGAAUACACUGCUAGAUCUCAAUACAAGGGGCCUUACAAUGUGACGGAAAAUGGUUGUCUUAUGCCUCUUAAAGUUAAAAGGCAUUUCAGGGAACUUGUAUGUAAUGCUAUUGAUUACCUGACCAAGAAUCCCAAAUCUGAUGCAAUUAAAAUUGAACAUUUAUCCGACUCACCAGCUGUGAAAUUCACCGGUAAACAGCGCGAUGGAGUUGAUUUAGAUGUAGAUAUGGCUCCAAUGAUCAAUGUAAAGCUGCCAUUUAAGCACGAGUUCGGAUGGCCCAAACAUAGAGCUCAAUGGCCAUCUCAAGAAAAAGUUCAACAAAUAAAAGAUAUGGGAGUAAACUUAGUUACUUCGGAUCCACUGUACUGGACGCCGUCAUUUGCCAUUUGUGAAAAAGAACUUCUCGUAGAUAUUGACGAGGAUGGAUCAUGCAGAAGGAGAUCUCUCAGAAUAAUGAAAAGUAUUCGAGAACUUAUCUGGUGUCCAGGCGAUGAAGCUGAAAAUCGAUAUGGGCUUACUUCUUAUCACUUAAAAAACAUAUUAUUCUUCGAAUGUGAACGCAAACCAAAGGACCGGCAUUGGGAAAUGGAAUUGAUAGAUAAACGAAUUAUCAGUAUGUGUAAGCAACUACUCAAACAUUUAUCAGAAAAGGAUUUGCCACAGUUUUUCAACAGGUCAAUGAAUCUGUUCGAAAGUAAAUAUGAUCAAGCACUUGAUAGUGCUGCAAAAAAAAAUAGACAAGUUUUUAGAUUGUUCUCAGGAAUAUUUAUAGAAAAACUACAACUUUUUAUAUAACCUAGAAAAAGUUGCAAGUACUGUAAAGUAUUAUGAACUGUAACAAAGUUCCAAACGAUAUACAAUUAUUACUUGUACCCUUUAGUAGUGUCUAUAUAAAUCUGAAACGAA